AUGCGUGCGGAGUAUCGUCUGUAGUCUGUGCGAACUUCAAAUGCGAUUUAGAUAUCUAUAACUAUUGUUGAAACAAGCAAAAUAGGUUAGUGUUUGCAAGCCUCGGUGACAAGUGAUGACUAAAUUUACAAGUUUCUAAGACUUACAUAGUCUGUAACGCAAAUACAGUCUGUAAUGAACUGCAUAAAUAGAAGAAAUGGAGAAGAAGCAACUGACUGAACGCUUAUCGUUAUUAAUCGUGUGAUAUGACUGAAGAUAAAGACAACAAAUUCAAGGCCAAAGCUGCUGCAUUUCUUGCCACUGUGGGCAGUAUAUCAGCACUUAUAGGCUUUGGUUCUACUCUUGCUUUGGUCAAAAGGAAAGAUCCUGCCAAUUUUGAUAAAGGACUCGAGGAGACAGGUGUCUCACUAGCCAUCAGAGCUCUGGGUAGAGGAACAUUAUACGCUUUUGCAGGUUGUGGUUGCCUUUUUUAUGCAAUCUGGAAACUUUCAGGAGCAAAUAAUCUUCAAGAAUUCAGAGAGAAAAUGGGGUCUGCUUUACCAAGAAUACCAAAGAACGACCCUCCACAAAGCAGGACAGAAUUUGAUGGACUGACAGAUCUACUGAAGUACAUUUCAGAAGAAUAUGGGAAGAAGUAAUUCUCUUGAGCUAUAGUUGAGUUUCAUAAUGUUAAAUGACACAAAAAAAUUCUGAAAAAGAUAAUUUCUGUUAACUUCUGUUUUACCUACAAUAUUUUCCAAACAUCAAGUAGUUUGUCACUACAAAUAUAAUUAUGCUCGAGUGCAUACUACCUCCACUGUCACGUGGAUACCCAUUUAUCAUUUUCUUACAAAUAGAAAAUAACUCAAUCUUGUAUAAUUUAAAACCUGUGAAAUAAAUUUAAGUAAAUUUUGUAA